AGAGAAGGGAUUCUCUUCUCGAGUUCCUCUCCUCAUCUCAACCCUUCUCUUCUCUUCUUCGCUUACGGCAGAAGAGAGAGAGAGAGAGUUACAAACCCUAUCCUCUCCUUCGAUUCUCUCCAGACCCCAGAUUCAGCGUCUCACCAAUCGGUGAGAAAGCUUCCAUCUUCUCGUUUUCUAAUCGGGUUUUUUGUUUCGGACAUUGCGAAUUCGAUCUGGGCUGUUAGAUCGAGGUAUGCAGCAGGGUGAUCAGACGGUGCUUAGUUUGAGACCUGGUGGCGGUCGAGGAAGCAGGCUCUUUGGUUCCUCUUCUUCUGCGUCGUCUCUGUCUUUUGGUUCGCUUUCCUCCUCGGAUCUUCCUUUCCUUCGUCCUCAUGGCGGUGCUCCUCCGUCCUCUUUCUCCCUCAAGAGCGGAGACUCGCGCUUUGACAGCCGUGAACGCGUGCGUUACACCCGUGAGCAGCUUCUGCAAAUCAGAGAGACUGUUCAACCCUCGGAUGAAAUUCUGAAAAUCAAACGGGAAAUCGAGACAGAUUUGUUCGGUGAAGAAGAGACUUGGCCACGUGGGGAAAGUGCUGUCCCACUCCCAGUUCAGCCUCCAAGUCGCUUUUCUGAGCCAGACCAUCGUGAUUGGCGUAGCCGUUCUGCACAACUACCCCCCUCUGGGGAGGAAAGGUCCUGGGAAAAUCUUCGUGAAGCUCGGGGUUCCAGGUUUGACGAAUCAAACCAAUUUAAUCAUCAAGACCAACUAAGCUCUCAGUUUUCGAGGGUGCAAAUAUCUUCCAGUCAAGGGGGUGGGCCAGCUCCUACACUGGUCAAAGCCGAAGUUCCUUGGUCAGUUAGAAGAGGAAACCUUUCUGAGAAGGAGCGUGUUUUGAAGGCUGUGAAAGGGAUAUUGAACAAGCUGACCCCUGAGAAGUAUGAUCUUCUGAAGGGCCAACUUAUAGAUGCUGGUAUCACAUCGGCUGAUAUCCUAAAGGACGUGAUAGCUCUUAUUUUUGACAAAUCUGUCCUUGAGCCUACGUUUUGCUCUAUGUACGCUCGUUUGUGUUCUGAUAUCAAUGACAAGCUGCCCAAGUUCCCACCUGAAGAGCCUGAGGGUAAAGAGAUUACAUUUAAGAGGGUUCUGCUGAAUAUCUGUCAAGAGGCGUUUGAGGGUGCUGACAAAUUGAGAGAGGAAGUUAGACAGAUGACUGCUCCAGAUCAGGAGGCUGAGCGCAAGGACAAGGAAAGAUUGAUGAAGCUCCGGACACUAGGAAAUAUUCGUUUAAUCGGUGAACUUCUAAAGCAGAAUAUGGUUCCAGAAAAGAUUGUCCAUCACAUUGUUCAGGAGCUUCUGGGUCCUGAUGAGAAAGUGUGUCCGGCAGAGGAAAAUGUGGAGGCUAUUUGUCAGUUUUUCAACACCAUUGGCAAGCAGCUCGAUGAAAGCUUGAAGUCAAAGCGGAUAAAUGAUAUGUACUUCAAACGACUGAAAGAUCUAUCAAGAAAUCCUCAAUUGGCUCCUCGUCUGCGAUUUUUGGUUCGGGAUAUCAUUGACCUGCGUGCGAACAAUUGGGUUCCCAGGCGUGAGGAGGUGAAAGCAAAAACUAUAACUGAAAUUCACUCGGAGGCAGAGAAGAUUCUUGGUCUCCGUCCAGGCGCCACAGCCAGUAUCAGAAAGGGUGUGGCACCAGGGAGUCCUGGCCCCAUCUAUCCCGGAGGUCGACCUGGUACUGGUGGCUUGAUGCCCGGCAUGCCUGGGGCGCGAAGGAUGCCUGGGAUGGACACCGAUAACUGGGAAAUUCCCAGGACACGAUCCAUGCCAAGACGAGAAGGGUUAGUCCAACCUCCAUUGGUCAGCAAGACAGCCUCAAUGAACACGAGGCUCUUGCCUCAAGGCAGUGGCGGUGGGUUUAUGAGCGGAAGAACAAGUGCCCUGUUGCAGGGCAGUGGCCCGCCGUCACGUCCAUUUGGAAUGGGAGUGGAUCCGCCCUCUCAAGCCCCUGCAGCUGCACCUCCCAACGUGCCUGUUCCUGUGGAGAAACCACAACCUACUACAGCUCCGAAGCUGGGUGAAGAAGUGCUCAAGAGAAAAACCAAGUCACUUCUCGAGGAAUAUUUCAGUGUGAGGAUCCUUGAUGAAGCUCUGCAGUGCGUAGAGGAGCUCGGGUCACCAUGGUAUCACGCAGAGAUUGUGAAGGAAGCCAUUUCCCUUGGCCUCGAGAAAAGCCCGCCUUGCGUUGAACCCACCGCGAAACUCUUGGAGUAUAUGCUGUCAAAGAAGGUGGUAACAGCUAAGGAUCUGGAAAAUGGGUGCUUGAUGUAUGGAUCAAUGCUGGACGAUGUAGGAAUUGAUGUGCCAAUGGCUCCGACCAACUUUGGGGAGAUUGUGGGAAGACUGAUACUGGGAGGUGGCCUGGACUUCAAAGUGGUCAGCCAAGUCGUGAAAAAGAUGGAGGACGACAGGUUCCAAAAGGCUGUCGUGGAUGCGGCUGUGCGGACGGUCGGGUCGAGCGAACAGGGGAAGUCUCUGCUGGAAUUGCAGGCUGCUGACGUGGAGGCUUGCCGGAAUCCGUAGAAGCUGUCACGAUUUUGAUGCUGUCGUGUUCCCAAGACUUGAAGUUAAGUCAUCAUCUCUUCUGAGGAGAUGCAUGCUUUUAGAUAUUUAAAUUAAAUUAUUAAAGAGAAAAAAAAGGGGUCACACGAACGAACGAAACCUGGAUUUUUGCUCAGUUAAAAGCUUUCGAGGCCUUGUCUUUUUUUUUCUUUUUUUUUUGUAUUCUGUAUUUUGACUCUUGUGGGUUGGUUUUUGUCCUUAUGAUUCCGUUGAUUGUUGUUGCAAUUCCCAAUACUCUCUCAUCGGUUAAGUUUUUUUUUUUCUUACA